GGCCCAUUCACAUCUGUUCACACCACUGCGUUGACGCACCUUCAAACCUUGUUUGUUUAACUUAAUCGUGCGUUGCUGCGUUAACGCAUCAUUUUGACGCACUGCGUCAACGCAACGAAUUCUCGAGGACACAUUCUUUUGCGUUGACGCGCUGCGUUAGUCGAGAUUUGAGUUGGAUUCAGGUGCUUUGUGAUGUGGUUUGGCGAUGACUUUAAACAAAAAUCGACGAUUGAGUUUACUGUUGUGGUUGAGAAAACGGGAGGAUAAAAAAGAGAUGGAAAAUAAGAAGGUGGUGAGGCCAUUCUAUUUUGCAUAGAAGAGAAACUAGAGGUAGGUACCGCUUACCGAUGCAGAACCGGUACUGUCUGUACCGGUACGUGUACGGUACACUGGUACGGCAGCCCUGGCACCGGUAUGCCUGUACCAUACCGUAUUUGCAGUGGUUUGUAACAAAAAUGAAAUUGCUACUUGCAUGGUUCUAGGUUUAUCUGUUAGGAUAACAAUGCAGGCUCCCUGUACUAUAAUUACAAGAAAACAUAUAACAUUGUGCUCCUGGCUAUUGUUGAUGCUUGGUAAAUAUUAAACCUGGUUUUGUAUCAUUCUAGUUAGUAUUUAUGAAAUGAAUUUUGUUACUUACCACUCGUGGUUGCUUUAUAUGAAUGAAUAAAUUGAAAACACAUUAUCUUCUAUUAUGAUUGUGUGGAUUCUACAUAGGCAUUUAAUCCAAACAGUGCCAUCAAAAACUCAACGAAAUUUAUAUUUUUCAGUUAUAAAUUCCUUGCAGUGGUCAUCGGCGCUCACGGAAGAGCAAGUGAUGGAUUUUGGACAUCGCCUGCAGAAUGGAACCUUGAGUCUACCCUCACCAAGGCCAUUGCCAUUAACGAAUGGGCCAACCGUUACCUUUGUUUUCCUUGGUGAUGAAGCGUUUCCACUGAAAGAAUAUUUGAUGAGACCAUUUCCUGGCAAUGGUCUUUCGCAAGAGAAGAAAAUUUUUAAUUAUCGCUUAUCACGCGCAAGACGAAUGGUGGAAAGCACAUUUGGAAUAUUAGCCAAUCAGUGGAGAGCUUAUCAUCACCGACCAAUACCUUUGACAUGCUGCCUCCACAAUUUUUUGAGGAGAGAUGUUGAUGGAGCUGCAACAGUUGACGAAGAUGUGAGAGUGGUCACUCAACUGCUGCAUGACAUACCCGGAAGUGGUGGCCUUGCAACACAGAACGCUCGCUCGGUGUGCAACUACUUUUCGAGGAAAGGUGCUGUGCCCAGGCAAAGGCACCAUUGCUGAUCUUUGAACAAAUGUUUAGACGAUUAAUGAAAUAGAGAGGUGUCACAAGUCCUAUACGCUAGUAGUACAAUUAGUUCGAACAAAUGUUCUCAAAUAUUUUUAUAUUUCCCCAAAUUCAAUAUUAUACAAUAGCUCGUGGAUUCUAACUUUCGCCAGUUGAAACCGUUGUACUGGUAGCCUGCAUAGAAUAGAGUAUCUACCAGGCGUCUUGCAAACUUUUCAGCAUCAAUACUUUCUGUAUGUAAAUAAAGGCAUGAUUAUUACAUUGAAAAUCUGUUGUGUGACACAAAAAGGUUUAAGGGCCUUAGAAUUAAAUACCUUUGUUGAC